AGGAACCUACGACGGAUCCUGGACACGGCGAUUGCUAGUUGCCACCCCCAAAUCCCCAGGGGCUCUAGGCCCCAUCCCAAUCAUGACGUCUCCCCUGUGCUCCCGGGGUGCCGCCACCAACGUCCUGCCUUCUCAGGACCCGGGUACGACCUCCAAUGUCAAGAGCGGUCAGACUCAGGCCAAGCGCCUCCACCCCCAAGGCAAGGGCGCGGCCCGCACCUCGCUUCGACACCAUUUCAAGGCGGGACACCUCCACGCCCCUCAGAGGACGUCCACCGGGCACCCCCAGGUGGCAGAGUUACAAAAGAAGCUACAAAUGUUAGAGGGUGACCGGAAGGCCUUUUAUGAGAGCAGCCAGUGGAAGAUCAAGAAAAAUCAGCAGACCAUCAAGAAGCUCCAGGAGGUGAUCAGGGUGCUGCAACUGCAGCUGGCAGACCUGCUCCAGGGAGAUGAGAAAGUGGUCCAGGCAGUGAUUCGGGAGUACAAGUCAGAGAAGCCAUACCUGAAGAACCGGACAGCACAGCAGGCCCUGGAGUACCUGGAGCACCAGCUGAGGGAGAAGGUGAAGCAGCUGAACGCCCUGCGGCACCAGGUGGGACUGCGGCAGAAGUUGCUGGAAGAGCUCCGGCUGCAGUGCAGCCUCCGCGAGUUGGAGCGGGCAGAGGCGCAAGAUGGCAACACUGAGGUGGCCAAGACUGUGCGGAACCUGGAGAACCGCCUGGAGAAAGCCCGGAUGAAGGCGGAAGAGGCACAAAACAUCACCAACAUCUACCUGCAGCUGAAGGCCCAUCUGCAGAAGGAGAGCCUUCACUUGGAAAACCGGCUGGACUUCAUGGAGGCUGAGGUGGUGAAGACAAAACGUGAACUAGAGGAGCUGCAAGUGAUGAACCAGGAGGCGUUCAACGCCCGAGAUAUCGCCAAGAACCAGCUGCAUCAUUUGGAGGAGUCCGUGUUCCGAGAGCGCAAGAAUCGCGAGCAGUACAUAUCCGACUGCAAGAAGCGCGCGGAGGAGAAGAAGCUGCAGACCCAACGCCUGGAGCGCAAGACCCAGCGCGAGCACGUGCUGAUGCAGUCGGAAGAUUUGACCCAGGACAACCUGCGCGCCAAGGAGGAGGUGCUGAAGCGGCGCUGGACCAUGUACCAGAUGGAGCAGCUUUUCGGCAAGGUCAAGGACGCCACCGGCGUGGCCGAAACCCACGGGGUGGUGAGGCGGUUCCUGGCACAGGGCGACACCUUCACGCAUUUGGAGACGCUCAAGAGCGAGAAUGAGCAGAAGCUGUGGAGGCUGAAGCAAGAGAAGCAGCAGUUGCAGGAAGAGUUCGAAGGCCUCAAGUACUCGGGGGAGGCCACUCUGGUGAGCCAGCAGAAGCUGCAGGCUGAGUUGCAGGCGCGCCUGAAGGCGGAAGAGCAGCGACGCGCCGCCGCCCAGGAGAAGCUGGAACUCGCCAUCCUGUCGAUGCAGAUGACUAGGGAAGGCCUCGAACACCUUGCGCGCAAGCUGAACCGCAUCACCGUGGAGGACAGCAGGUUCGCAGAAAAGCAGCUGGAUCCCAAGGCCAGUGACUAUCUGCCAGACCUGCUGGGCCGCGUGGAAGAAAAGCUGCUGAAGCUGCAGGCGCAACUCGAGAGCAAGGACAUUGACGAGAUGUUGUACCAGCUCGCCGACCGCGAGUUCUACUCCAGCCUAGAGGGAAAGCUGCCCCUGUACAACACCCGCAUCGCUCUGCCCCUCUCCAGUCACAAGGACAAGUUCUUCGAUGAAGAGGAGAGCGAGGAUGAAGACGGCAGCGUGGUGACCCGUGAGGCGCUUAAGAUCCGUUCCCAGAAACUGAUUGAAUCCCGCAGCAAGAGGCGCAGUCGUUCACGGAGGUCCUAGGCUCACUCUCACACCCACCUGGUGCUUCCGGGCCCUUGCAGAGCUCCCAACCCUUCUGGGUCCAGCCUCAGGCCCACGGGCCUCCUCAAGGACCAAACGCGGCCGGCACAUGGGAGCGGAGCGGGCCAGGGCGCCCGCAGUAGAGAAGGGGGCUGUGCCGCCGGACGUUCCCACCGUAAAUCUUUCAAGGCGGGGCCGCGCUGGCCUCGGAAUCGCGCAAUAAA